UUUGUGGGCAUAUACUCAUUAAGUUGAGGCAUAUGACUGGCAUCAAGAGGACCAAUCUAAUGCUAUAAGAUAUGAUACCAAUACAUUUGGACGAAGAGCAUUGAGGCCAAUUAACUCGAACUUAGAUAUUAACAAGAAUUAUGAAACUGGCAAAGUUAAAGGAACUUUCUAAACUUAUAUUAAUUAUAAUAAUCAUAAUUAUUUUUGGAAUGUGUACAGAUCAGUUGUUACUAGAACGCUUUAAACAUCACAAUCUCAACAGACCACCAUCUCAUGUUGCAGUACCAUCUAUGAACCAACGUAUAGAUGACUUGGAAAAUAUCGGUAGUAAAUACUUUACAAAACCAAGAAACCUUCAAACCAUAUGCAGCAAAUCAAAUGUGGCGUUGAGUGCUAAUUUUACUGAUAAUAUGCUGGUAGACGAGAAGCAUAAGUUACUCUACUGCUACGUGCCGAAGGUUGGCUGCACAACUUGGAAGCAAUUAUUCAAAACUUUGUCUACUGGGUCAAGAAAGCGUAUGACGUUUUAUAAUCGUUCACAACAGGAAUAUAUUCUUAAAUCUUAUUAUAAAUUCAUUUUCGUUAGAGAACCAUUUGAGAGAUUAGUUUCUGCCUAUAUAGAUAAGUUUUAUACCCCUAACCCCAAAUUCUGGGAUUCGUGGGGUAGACAGAUAAUCAAACAAUUUCGUAACAAUUCAAAUGUAACUUCAAACCCAUGUGGGCAUGAUGUGACGUUUGAAGAGUUUCUCUCAUAUUCGUUCUCCAGCAUUAAAAAGUCGAACAUCAGUGGAGGUAAUGAACAUUGGGUGACAAUCCAGCAAUUGUGCAAUCCGUGUGGCGUUGGGUAUGACUAUAUUGGGCAUCUAGAAACCAUGCAACAGGACACGGAAGUGAUACUACAACGAGCAAAUGUCAGUCACUUAAUAGCUCAACAUAAUUCAACAAUGAAUAAAAUCAGACAAAACCUUCACUUCGAUGAAAAAGACUUGAAAAGAUCGGGAAAUUGCUUAGAUAUCAAAGAUGCCCUUCAACGCAUAAUUGACUCUUUGAUUUACAAAGAUUUUAUCCCACCAAAUUCCCCGAUAUCAGAUUAUACAAAAAGUAUUAUACGUAGCGCCUCUAACAUAACUGACAAUGGACUAAGAAAUUCCUGCAUCGCAAAAGAAUUUUAUUCUGAAUUGGACGAUAUUUUAAAACUGGCAUGGGAAAAAAAGCUCAAGCCCCCAACGUCACUUCAUGAAUCAAAUAGGGAUCAUAGUUUAAUCAAGUUUCAAAAAUACAUCACUAAAAGACAGAUUAGUCGCAGAUAUAUAAAACAACUUUUGGAAUAUUUUUAUCUGGAUUUUGAAGCAUUUGGAUAUGACACUAGUUUCUACCGUAAUUAUAUGUAAAUUCUGUAAUAUCUUCAAAUUAUUAAAUGGUCUAACGCAGAUCGAAUGAGCCUUUGCAUAUAUAUUUAUGUGGAAAAGUUAGACACGUGAUAUUAGACACCUGGUAUAAAG